GGGCGGGCGCCCCGCGCCGGAAGCGUGCCGGUCGCGCUCGGGUGGCCGGGGACAUGUGCAGGAUGUCCUUCAAGAAGGAAACUCCACUUGCCAACGCCGCAUUCUGGGCAGCAAGAAGAGGCAACCUGGCUCUGCUCAGGCUGUUGUUGAACAGCGGUCGGGUGGAUGUGGACUGCAGGGACAGUCAUGGCACCACGCUCCUCAUGGUCGCCUCCUAUGCCGGUCACAUAGACUGUGUGAGGGAACUGGUUCUGCAAGGAGCAGACAUCAAUCUCCAGAGAGAGUCAGGUACAACUGCCCUGUUCUUUGCUGCCCAGCAAGGACAUAAUGACGUCGUGAGAUUUCUCUUUGAAUUUGGAGCAUCCACUGAAUUUAGGACCAAAGAUGGGGGCACAGCCCUGUUGGCUGCCAGUCAGUAUGGGCACAUGCAGGUGGUGGAGACGCUGCUGAAGCAUGGAGCCAACAUCCACGACCAACUCUACGAUGGAGCCACUUCUCUCUUCCUCGCUGCCCAAGGUGGCUACUUGGAUGUGAUUCGAUUGUUGUUGUCUUCAGGAGCAAAAGUCAACCAGCCAAGGCAGGACGGGACGGCGCCGCUGUGGAUCGCGUCGCAGAUGGGCCACAGCGAGGUGGUGAGGGUGAUGCUGCUGCGCGGAGCCGACCGGGACGCCGCCCGCAACGAUGGUACAACAGCAUUACUCAAAGCAGCCAACAAAGGCUAUAAUGAUGUUAUAGAAGAGUUGCUGAAAUUCUCACCCACCCUUGGCAUUUUGAAGAAUGGGACAUCGGCCCUCCACGCGGCAGUACUCAGUGGGAAUAUUAAAACAGUCGCACUGCUCCUGGAAGCAGGGGCGGACCCAGCCCUGAGAAACAAGGCCAAUGAACUUCCGGCAGAACUAACCAAAAAUGAACGUAUACUGCGUCUCCUCCGAAGUAAAGAAGGACACAGGAAGAACUAACUUAGUUCCAUAUUUGACUGAAAGAUAGAAACCCCAUUGCCCAAAAAGAAAUUGCUUUUCAAAUAGUGUUGGAAAUUCCUUUAAGCAAGGAAAUGCCCAGAAUGCCCACCCUGGGUCCCUGACCAAGAAGAGCUGGGCUCUGUGCCCCGAGUCAAGAACAGAAAGACUCAGGGACCCCUUGCCCUCACUUACAUGGGCUUCUCAUGCUGGCCAGUGACCCCAAUGCUGUGGGGCCUGCCAGAUUCGUGGAGUCCACAGAAACUCAUUUUAAACCACACUAAGUUGGGUCUCUCCGUUAAACUCUAAGAGUUAAACCCUGGAAGAGGUU